AUGAACCGGUUUCGGAACAUCAGGCGCAUGGAGCCACUCCAGGGACCCUCCAAAUGGGUCCCCACUCUGGGCGAGCUGCAAAAGACCCUCCAGAAGGGCGAGUACCUGCCCCUCCGCCCGCUGCCCAUGUUCGAGAACUACCACCGCUGCGUCAAGAGAAUGAACCGCCGCGGGAAGGGCACGCAGCCCUGCGAGUAUUACUUCCGCGUGUUCCAUUCGCUGUGCCCCAUGAGCUGGGUGCAGCGCUGGACCGACCAGAUCCAGAACGGGACUUUCGCGGGCAAAAUCUGACGGCCUGAGUGCCGCUCCUCCGAAGAAUCGGCGCACUGACCCCACAUCCUGGCGUCUCCCGGAGACCCGGCCCUGGCUAUCCACUCCCGUCUGUAAGCCAUAAAUAAAACUCUGUUGCUGCUGCUA